AUGAAAGCACUCGAAAGCAUUCCGAUCCAUGGACGGGAAAAUAUUGGAGGGAACUUGGAAGAAAUGAUGUCAGAUCUGAGGGCAACUACGCUGGAACAUGCGAAGCAAAUCUCACAACUCAAGUCUGAAAAUGAGCAAAAGUUGGAAAGCCUCAGGGACGACUACAACAAAAUCAAGUCCGACUUUGAGAAGAUGAGGAAAGAGCACGAAAAUCUCAAGUCUAGCCUGCAGGAACAUAUUCGAGAAAGAGACGAACUUAAACUUCAACUGAACGUCACGGAAGGAAGACUCCAAUAUCUGGAGGCUAUAAGCCUGCAAAUAUCUCCCCGAACGUGUCAGACGUUGGCAGACUUGGGAGUGACACGGACGGGAGAAUACUUCGUGGAUCCUGACGGAGCGUUGAUCGGCGAUGCACCCAUCAAAGUCCUCUGUGAUAUGGAGACAGAUCCUGUUUCCACGAUUGUCCUCCACGAUGCGAUGGGAAACACUGCCAUAGAUCGAUGUGCAGAUCCUGGAUGCCACAAUCACAGCAUCAGGUAUGGUUCAACGAUGAAGCAGAUGGUGGCACUGAUCAACCAGUCGAAAUCAUGCGAACAGCACAUCAGAUAUGACUGUUUUACGACGGCCCUCACAACCGGAGACAUACACUAUGCCUGGUGGGUGGACCGUCACGGCAAACCUCAAUACUACUGGGACGGGUCAAACACAGGAAAACAUAUAUGCAAGUGCGGUCUCUCUAGAAAAUGCAUCGACUCAAACCUCCCUUGCAAUUGUGAUGCAAAAGCUCCACAUUGGGGAUCAGACUCAGGAGCGAUAACGAAUGAAUGGGCAUUGCCCAUAACCGAGUUGCGCUUCGGGGGACUGCAAUUUGAGGGUCAGAAAGCGAAUUACACAUUGGGUGGAUUGGCUUGCAAGGGCAGUAUUCCGCCUCCGGACAAUCCAGCGCAAUCCUGUUCAUCUCUUCGCCGAGCGGGAAACGUUCAUCCUGGUUAUUACCUAAUCAACUCCAAGAAAGGUCGCUUGGACGUCGUCAUGUGUAGAAUGGAUUUGGAGGAGACCGACCCGAAAUUUCAGGCGGAGACCAAUGCACGUAUUGCAGGGGCAGGGUUUCUCCAUGGCAAGGUUACGCCUCCGGACAAUCCAGCGCAAUCCUGUUCAUCUCUUCGCCGAGCUGGAAACGUUCAUCCUGGUUAUUACUUAAUCAGCUCCAAGAAAGGUCGCUUGGACGUCGUCAUGUGUAGGAUGGAUUUGGAGGAGACCGACCCGAAAUUUCAGGCGGAGACCAAUGCACGCAUUGCAUAUGGUGACCCCUAUUUUGAUGUGUAUCAUGCCAUUGAUGUGAAAAGCGCCUUCAUCUUUCAUUUCUUGAACCAUGUAUCAAACAUCAAUGCCGAUGCCUUCUGCGCAAACCUGAAUAAGUUCCACGAAACCAUCCGUUGA